CACCUUCCCAUUUCGGAUUCCCCUUUCCGUCUGGUAUUUUCCUUUCUACCAUACCAAACUUACGUCUAGAUCUAGAAAAAGAGGAACGACUUAAUGUAACACUAUUACUAAACUUUACUGCGUUUUAAGCACUCUACGCUACACGCGAAACAGCCUACUUUUGCUUGUAGGAGAAUCAGUGCCUUUAAUUGAUUAUUGAUCAUCUGCAUUCAACAAUCUGUACCGGUGACUGCCACCCGAGGGAUUUCAAGUACAGAGGAAAUAGAGCUGGAGUCUGUACAGGAGACGCAGCCACUGAAGACGCCAGGAAAUGGUCAGAUCCGAUAUCGAUCACCGUCGGCUGCAGAACUUUUAGAAUCACAACAAGGCCAAGCCGAGCAACUUCAAAUGGAGAAAAUAUCGCGGCGAACGAGACAUGAGACGGUCUAUGACAAAAUACAGAGAUAUCGUGGUGUCAUACUCGUGAUCUUGGUCCCGGUCCUACUAAUCACUCUUCUGUUCUUUCUCAUGCCAUCGCGCAACCCUGCCAGUUCAAUGGAGUCCUUUCCUCGCAAGUUCUCUCCGAAUCCUAAAACUCAGGGCUACGCUGUGAUUUUUGAUGCUGGAAGUUCUGGUAGUAGGGUCCACGUCUUUUGCUUUGACAAGAAAUUGGAUCUUAUUCCUAUUGGCAAAGAACUUGAGCUUUUUGUGCAGAAAAAACCAGGUUUGAGUUCAUUUGCAAAAGACCCCAAGGCCGCUGCUGACUCACUGCUAGAGCUACUAGAGAAAGCAGAAGCUGCAGUUCCAAGAGAUUUGCAACAUGAUACACCAGUUAGAGUCGGGGCAACUGCAGGUCUUAGGCAACUAGAUGGUGAUACACCAGACAGGAUACUGCAAGCAGUAAGGGAUCUUUUGAAGAACAGAGGCACAUUCAAGUCCAAGGCAGAUUGGGUCACCGUUCUUGAUGGAAAUCAGGAAGGUGCUUAUCAAUGGGUGACAAUCAACUAUCUACUAGGGAAUUUGGGUAAAGAAUAUCCGUCUACCGUUGGAGUGGUUGAUCUUGGAGGUGGAUCUGUACAAAUGGCGUAUGCCAUCUCUGAUGCUGAUGCUGCAAAGGCUCCUAGGUUAUCAGAUGGAGAGAAUACUUAUGUGCAGGAAAUGUAUCUCAAGGGUAGAAAAUAUAACCUUUAUGUCCACAGUUAUUUGCGCUAUGGCUUACUGGCAGCACGAGCUGAAAUUUUGAAGGUUAGAAAAUCCGGCAAUCUCUGCAUCUUGUCUGGUUAUGAUGGUUCGUACAAGUAUGGAGGAGUAGAAUACGAUGCAUCUGCUGUCUCAUCUGGUUCAAGCCUGAAUGCAUGUAGAGAAGCAGCUAAUAAGGCUCUUAAAAUUGAUGAAACUACAUGCACCCACAUGAAGUGCACUUUUGGUGGGGUGUGGAAUGGCGGAGGAGGGGAUGGUCAGAAGAAUCUGUUUGUUGCUUCAUUUUUCUUUGAUCGAGCCGCUGAGGCUGGUUUUGUGGAUCCAAACAAGGCUGUUGCUAAAGUCCGUCCAGCUGAUUUUGAGGAUGCAGCCAAAAAAGCAUGCCAAAUGAAACUGGCUGACGCCAAAUCUAGAUAUCCUCAUGUCGAUCCAGAUAAUUUACCGUACUUAUGCAUGGAUCUCGUCUAUCAAUACACACUGCUCAUAGAUGGGUUUGGUCUUGAUCCAAAGCAAGAGAUUACAUUGGUGAAAAAAGUCGAGUAUCAAAAUUCGCUGGUUGAAGCAGCAUGGCCACUAGGCAGUGCCAUUGAGGUCAUGUCAUUGAAGACAUGAUUGUAAGUGACAAAUAGUUUAGUUGCAUGCAGUUUUUUUGCAUCUCCGGUUCAUAAGUAAAGCGAUCUACGAGUUGAGAAUGCUGCUGCUGCUUCCAAUAGAUAUUCUUUCGUGUAGGCUCGUUAUCAAUUUUUGAGUUUUUGCUCACAAAGGAUAGAAUUCAAUAUUCAUUUUACUUCUAUUACAUUGUUGAAUAUGCCAAUUAAUUACGUGAAUGAAUUAUUUGACUGUGAUUGAUUUUCUAUUAGAACUACAAGAAAUUUGUUUUGA